ACAGCCACAGCCACACUCGCCUGUGGCUCCGUCUUCUCUUCUCGGGCUAUUGCGGCCGGCGAGUUCACUUCCUCCGUCUGUCAUCUCGCUUUCAGCCUCUCGCAUAGUUCGAUACCUUUCAAUUUCACUGAUCGGCGACGCUGGUCGACAGUGGGAGAAGCUCCAAUCGCCGCUCGACCCCUUUCACUGGCUCUGUGCUCUCCCCCUCCCCUCCACUCUUAGGACGUUGGCUUUUUCAUCUCAUCUGCUCCGGUAUAAUAAGCGUAACCUUUUUCUCAAGUGGAAGAGAAAUGAAGAGAAUGAUAGCCAUAGGGUUUGAGGGUUCAGCUAACAAAAUUGGCGUUGGCAUUGUGACUUUAGAUGGCACAAUUCUUUCAAACCCUCGCCACACUUACAUUACUCCACCUGGACAAGGGUUCCUUCCAAGAGAGACUGCCCAGCAUCAUCUCCAACACAUCCUUCCCCUAGUCAAAUCUGCUUUGAAAACAGCGCAAAUCACUCCAGAUGAGAUUGAUUGCAUCUGUUAUACCAAGGGUCCAGGCAUGGGAGCACCAUUACAAGUGUCAGCUGUUGUUGUUCGUGUUCUUUCACAGCUUUGGAAGAAGCCAAUUGUUGCAGUGAAUCAUUGUGUGGCACACAUUGAAAUGGGAAGGGUAGUAACCGGCGCCGAUGAUCCUGUUGUUCUGUAUGUCAGUGGUGGAAACACUCAGGUCAUUGCUUACAGUGAGGGACGUUACCGAAUUUUUGGGGAGACAAUUGAUAUUGCUGUAGGAAAUUGCUUGGACCGGUUUGCCAGGGUUUUAACCCUUUCUAAUGAUCCAAGCCCUGGAUACAACAUUGAGCAGCUUGCCAAGAAAGGCGUGAAAUUUAUAGACAUUCCUUAUGUCGUUAAAGGUAUGGAUGUGUCUUUCAGUGGAAUAUUGAGCUAUAUUGAAGCAACUGCUGAAGAAAAGCUAAAGAACAAUGAGUGCACCCCUGCAGAUUUGUGCUACUCUUUGCAGGAGACAUUGUUUGCAAUGCUUGUGGAGAUAACAGAGCGUGCUAUGGCUCAUUGUGAUAAGAAAGAUGUUCUCAUAGUCGGUGGUGUUGGUUGCAAUGAGCGUUUACAACAGAUGAUGAAAACGAUGUGUGCUGAACGGGGCGGAAGGCUAUUUGCCACUGACGAUAGAUAUUGCAUUGACAAUGGUGCAAUGAUAGCAUACACUGGCCUUCUUGCUUUUGCUAAUGGCACUUCAACUCCACUUGAAGAAUCUACCUUUACCCAGCGUUUUCGGACAGAUGAAGUGAAAGCAAUUUGGAGAGAAGCUGAUUUGGGAAAACAGAAUGGUCUUGUGGAUCAAAAUGUUUGACUUUCCGAUAUUGAGGUCUAACUACUCUAUUGCAAUGGAGAUAGACAAGUGGAAUACAACAUGUCAAUUGUCGUAUAUUUCAAAUUAGCAUCUGUCAAGCUGAAGAUUGUAUCUUCAAGGACCUUGAAAUUAAUUCAUGUAGUAAAACAUUAUGUAUAAAAAGAUCUUCAUUUUGUUUACCGUUGUUGUAUUGCCUCAUUGCCGUUGUACCCUUCAUGCCAAUACUUAUUAAGGUCCCAGUUCGGUUCCUUUAGCGAAUCCUGACCUGGCACGGGUGCCCUUGUGGCGCCAUCUUUCUACUUCCACCUCAUCUCUAGAUUAUGUACACUUGACUGCAGUUCAUUUGCAUGACUGUUGUAAAGCAGUGUUAAUUAGGUAGUUGUAUACUUCAGAUUAUUCUCACUAUAUAUUGAGCCUUCAGUUCAAGCAUA